GGAGUGACAGUCGGCAUGGCCGGGGUCACCGUCACUUACGGCUGCCGUGACUGCUCCGUGUCCAAUUUGACUGGGAGCUCCGCGCAUCUGCGCUUCGACGAGGACGACGAACUUCUGAAAUACAUCUGGAGUGGAUACUUGUAUCCGAAGCAGUACGAGUGGGUCCUGAUUGUAGCGUACAUCGUUGUCUUUUUGUGCUCUCUGAUCGGAAACACAUUGGUUUGUUUUGCAGUGUGGAAAAACCAUCACAUGCGCACAGUGACCAACUACUUUAUUGUUAACCUGUCCUUUGCUGAUAUCCUAGUCACCAUUAUUUGCCUUCCUGCAAGUCUUGUAGUGGACAUCACAGAAACAUGGUUCUUUGGAGAUACACUCUGUCGGAUCUUACCUUAUUUACAGACAAUAUCUGUGUCUGUAUCCGUUCUGACGCUCAGCUGCAUUGCCCAGGAUCGGUGGUAUGCUAUCUGCCACCCUCUAAAGUUCAAGAGCACUGCAAAACGGGCUCGUAGGAGCAUCAUCUUGAUCUGGUUGGUGUCCUGCAUGAUUAUGAUUCCCCAGGCUGUCGUCAUGGAGUGUAAAAGCCUGCUGCCUGAGCUUACCAACAAGACAGUUCUCUUUACUCAGUGCGACGAACAGUGGGGAGAUGAGAUCUACCCCAUGAUCUACCACACCUGCUUCUUUAUUGUCACCUAUUUUGCCCCUUUGUGUCUGAUGGUUCUGGCAUACAUCCAGAUUUGCCAAAAACUCUGGUGUCAACAGAUUCCAGGGAGCUCAUCAGUGGUGCAGAGAAAAUGGAAAUCCCUGCAGUGUUCAGCUCAGGUUGCCGGUCCUGGUGAGUCAGUUAAGGUCAGGACCAGUGCAGUGCCAGCUGAGAUCAAGCCAAUGAAAUCUCGACGGAAAACUGCAAAAAUGCUGAUGGUGGUGCUCUUUGUCUUUGUCAUCUGUUACCUUCCCAUCAGCGUCCUUAAUAUCAUGAAAAGAGUGUUUGGUUAUUUCAAGAACACAAACAACAGAGAGACAGUGUAUGCCUGGUUCACCUUUUCCCACUGGCUUAUAUACGCCAACAGCGCCGCCAAUCCCAUAAUCUACAAUUUCCUCAGUGGUAAAUUUCGAGAGGAGUUCAAAGCAGCCUUUGCCUGUCACUGUUCAGGUCGAGGGGAACGAAAGGAAAGGGUGAGGACCAAGAUGGGCACCGACAGCCACAAAUCCCUGUCCACGCAAGUCAGUCAUUUCGACAAAGUCUCACGGAUCUCGGACCAGGUCAUGUAGCAAUGAUCUGCAAGAGUUAGAAUUGCACAGCAUGCCACUUCACUACUGGUUUAUAGGACAAAGCAAAGACAGUGAGGGCUCAAGGGCUCAGACUUACUCAAUUGAUAUGCAAGAUGAAGUCAUAUUUGCUUCAGCGUAUCACCCACUCAUCAGAGGGAAAAUGGCAUUCUGCAUCAUUAAAGCAGACAAGAAACCAAUGA